AAUGGGUAUUAGCUUAUUCUCAAAUCCUUCGCCGUUUAGGCAUCAAGUUUACGAAGAUUUGAAAGGAGCAGGAAAGAUAACAGGGCAUCUUUUCGAAGAUCCAGAAUUUCCUGCUGACUCCAAAUCACUUGGAAUUCCAAAUGAAGACAACGUAAUCUGGAGGAGGCCGCCCGAGUUCUGCGACGAUCCUCGAUUUAUCAUGGAAGGAGACGAUUUCAACGACGCAGUUCAAGGAAAAUUCGGAAAUUCAUGGUUUGUAGGUGCUAUAACAUGCUUAACUGGAGAGAGAAGGAUUUGGAGUUCUGUCGUUCCCGAUCCUAAAGAUCAAGAAUGGGAUAAAGAUAAACCGAUGAACUAUGUUGGAAUAUUUCAUUUUAGAUUUUGGAGAUUUGGAGAAUGGAAAGAUGUUGUUGUAGACGAUCGUUUACCAACAAUCGAUGGCCAAUUGAUAUUUACAUAUUCGUGCAAAGAAAACGAGUUUUGGAUACCCCUUAUUGAAAAGGCGUAUGCGAAACUGUGCGGAAGUUAUGGUUCCCUUGAUAAGGGUGAACUAGGCGAAGCUUUGGUUGAUUUUACAGGCGGAAUUACUGAAACUAUUAAUAUGAAAGAUGACGGCUAUAAGAAUAGUGUUAUUAAACAGUCUGUAUUAUUUGAAGAUAUGAGAAUUGCUUUUAAUAACAAAUCUUUAAUGGCAGCCGCAAUUCCUGUGAAAGCAUUGGAAGAAGACAAUGAGGAUGCAAAAGCUAUUGGUCUUGUUAUUGGACAAGCAUAUUCCAUAACUGAUGUCAGAAAAAUAUCAUUCGAGGGUCGGGGAUACUUUCAGUUCUUGAAUAGCGAUGAUAAAUUACAGAUGGUUAGACUACGUAAUCCAUGGGGUGCCAAUAAAUGGAAAGGAACAUUUAGCGACGACUCUGAAGAAUGGAAGCGUAUGGAUCAGUCAUGGGUAAGAAAAAACAUUCGACGAGAAGAAUCGAAAAAGGAUUUUUGGAUGACUUUCGAGGAUUUUUGCAAACAUUUUGUUAAUUUGGCUGUUUGCCGAAUUAUCAAUACAAACAUUUUAUCUUUACAAAAACGAUGGCUUCAAUAUAACUUACACUCGGAAUGGAGUAGAAAAAAUAAUCGAGCAGGAGGUUGCGCCAACAAUCCUCAAACAUUCCUGAAAAAUCCUCAAUUUCUUAUAAGCGUUAAUAGAGCAGAAGAAGAGGUUAUGGUCUAUCUAACACAAAAGUCAAGAAUAGGAUACGAAGAAAUGAAAAAUGAAACUAUUGGCUUUACUAUAAUUAAAGUAGAAGAUAACAGACCUUUCAGAAUUCAUGAUCUUAGCCAACAGGAAGUUAUAAAAUCUUCAGUUUUCCGAAAUUCUCGAAGCAUAUUCAUGAGACAUAUCCUAGUCAAGGGACGCUAUAUUAUUGUCCCGUGUACAUUUGAACCGCAUGUUGACGGAAACUUUUUACUACGAAUAUAUUCGGGUUCAGAAUUGAGAGCAAUCGAACUAACUGAAGAUAAACCUUCGAAGAAUGUUUGCAAUUGUUUAUGUGGAUGUUUUCACUUUUGUAAAUAUCCUAUAAUGGCUACUCAAGUGGCUGUCUUAAAAGCUGUUGAAUUAGAUAUUCCUGAGAAAAUGGGAGAGAAAAAAACAACAGAACCGUAUGUUGUCAUAAAGUGCGAAGGUCGAAAAGUGGUAACAUUACCAUGUAGAAAUAGUUUGUACCCUGAAUGGGGUACAAAGGCAAUCUUUUAUAGAAGAUCUCCCAUAAAUCAGCCUAUUACCUUUGAGGUAUGGAAUAGUAAUUUGAUUAUAGACCGUUUCCUUGGUCAGGCUGUGUUUGCUCUUACUGAAGAUAUGGACCGAAAGGAAUUUGAAUUGUUCUUAAGCAACCAUAAGAAGGAGAAUGAUUCUCUUCAAGGGAAAAUUUACAUAAAGGCAACUAAUGUGCGCCAUCUAGCUCAUAUCUAA